AAACUGGCUUGUAGUUUAUAAAAUCAAUGGUUCUGGAAACGACCUUUUAUUUUUAUAAACAUUAUGCAUGUUUUGCUUUAAAUUCUCUACAGAAGCAUAUUAUUUUUAAGUAGGUAAUAUAUUAUAGGGAUACUUACUUUUUAGUAUAACUGAAUAAACAAUGAUACGGUGUAAAAUUUGUUUAGCUACGUUCUCUAAACAAUCCAAUUUAAGAAGGCAUGCAAAAAAAUUUCAUUCUGAUGAACUUGAAGAAGUCGCUCCGGUUAAAAAAUACAGCAGUGUUGAAAUAUGCACUCAAUGUGGUAAAUCAUUUAGCAAAUACUCAAAUUUAGUACAACAUAUCAAAAAAUUUCAUUAUGAUAAAAAAAAUGACCUAAUUGUGCCCAAAGUGUAUAACUAUAAAUGUGAUCAUGAUGGAUGCAAUAAACAAUUUACGUAUUUGAGGCAUUUUCAGAGUCAUAAAAAAAUUCAUGCAGAAAUAGAUAGUAAUAGUAAAAAAUUUAAAUUAAAAUGUCCUCUCUGCGAUUACGAGAACUCCUCAAAGUUACAGUUAAUCUCUCAUUAUCACUGUGUUCAUGACAUAAUCUGUAAUUCUUAUACUAAGGAAUUCAACAACUUGGAUGAGUUUCAUGAAUGGAAAAGCUUGUUCGAAAUGGAAACUAAUUCAUGUUUCGUUAGUCAACAUGGUACAUAUGUCUCAGACACUUAUACAAAAACGGUGUAUGUAUGUCACAGGACGGGCUAUUAUAAGAAAAAGGGUAAUAAUUUACGACAUUUAAAAGGACAAGGAUCUAAUAAGAUCAAUGGAUAUUGCCCAGCAGAAAUGUCUCUAAAGUUUUUUAAAAGCAAUAACACGUGUGAAGUUAAAUAUCUAAUCACACACGUUGGCCAUGUUAAUGAUUUGGAACAUUUAAGUUUAACAAAGCUUGAGAGGCAACAAUUAGCAGAAAAAAUUGCAGCACGUGUGCCUUUUUCUUAUAUAUUAAAUGACACAAGAGAUUCCAUAUGCAAUGAUCUUAAAAGGAUUCAUUUACUUACUAAAAAAGAUCUAUAUAAUAUUCAACAGAUUUAUAAUUUAAACAAAGAUACAGCAAAACAUGAAAAUGAUGCUGCCAGCAUCAAUUUAUGGAGAAUAGGAGAUUCUGUUUCUUUAGAUGCGCCUGGUGUAGAGUCCCACAAUUUAACAAUAAAUGAAGAGGAAGGGUUGAAAACUAAUGAUGAGGUGAAAAUUGUAGAGGUUUUUAGUCAAAUUAAUUCAGAAAAUUAUAUUAAUAUUGAGGGACAUUUUAAGGUUGAGAAGGAAAAGGUAAUGAAACAGUUUAUGAAAAUUAUGAGCAAAGUCACUUCUUCCGAAGAUCUCCAAAUUGUUAAACGAGCUAUUACUCCGAUAUCGGCCAUUUUAACAGUAGAUGGGAGAACAUCAGCCUCUUUAGUUGGAAAAUAUAAAGUUGCAAAUAACAAAAAGAUUCAUAAGCAAAGAUGUAUAUCUUCCACCAAGAAAAAAGCAUGCAGUUCAAAAAUUCAAGCUUUCCAAACUUAAUACUAAGGAAGCGAAUAUUAUUGAAUCACUUGUCACAAUUUAAACCGAAUUCAUUCCCAAAUAUAUUUUAAAUAAGAUAAAAUGUAUAAAGCGAGAAUUACUACUACAUACAAAUUGUGUAAAUUUCCAAAACAGAGAUUUAAAAUUAUGUUCUUAUUUGUGUUAUAAUAAAAUGAGUUGUCUUUUA